GAGGGACACUGACUCUCCUUUGUGAAGUACUCCUGCUCUUCGCCUCCUCCUCUUCCUCCUCCUCGGCCUUCCUCCUCUCUCACACUCUCGCUUCCUAAACCCAAAGCCACACACACACACAGACAGACCAGAAGCCAUGGAGUACAGAUCCACCAGCUACCGCUCCGGCCCCGCCGUCACCAAGAGGAGUUUCACCAGCCAGUCGGCCAUCGUGCCCACGGCCGGCUCCCGCGUCAGCUCCAUGUCCGUGCGCCGCUCCGGCGUGGGCUCCGGCGUUGGCGGAGGGUUCGGCGGCGCCAGCAUGGGCGGCGGCAGCUACAGCUUCAGCAGCAGCAGCAUGGGCGGCGGCAUGGGUGGCGGGUACGGUGGCGGCUACGGUGGCGGGUACGGUGGGGGCUACGCUGGAGCUCCCAUCACCGCCGUCACCGUCAACCAGAGCCUGCUGGCCCCCCUGAACCUGGAGAUCGACCCCAGCAUCCAGGCCGUCAGGACGCAGGAGAAGGAGCAGAUCAAGACCCUCAACAACCGCUUCGCCUCCUUCAUCGACAAGGUGCGCUUCCUGGAGCAGCAGAACAAGAUGCUGGAGACCAAGUGGAGCCUCCUGCAGGACCAGACCACCACCCGCUCCAACAUCGACGCCAUGUUCGAGGCCUACAUCGCCAACCUGCGCCGCCAGCUCGACGGCCUGGGCAACGAGAAGUGCAAGCUGGAGGGCGAGCUGAAGAACAUGCAGGGCCUGGUGGAGGACUUCAAGAGGAAGUAUGAAGAUGAGAUCAACAAGCGUGCAGGUGCAGAGAACGACUUUGUCCUCCUCAAGAAGGAUGUCGAUGCUGCCUACAUGAACAAGGUCGAGCUGGAGGCCAAGGUCGACGCCCUGCAGGACGAAAUCAACUUCCUGAGGGCCGUGUACGAGGCAGAGCUGCGUGAGCUGCAGUCACAGAUCAAGGACACGUCGGUGGUCGUGGAGAUGGACAACAGCAGGGGCCUGGACAUGGACUCCAUCGUGGCCGAGGUGCGCGCUCAGUAUGAGGACAUCGCCAACCGCAGCAGAGCUGAGGCAGAGACCUGGUACAAACAGAAGUACGAGGAGAUGCAGUCUUCAGCCGGCCAGUACGGAGACGACCUGCGCUCCACGAAGGCCGAGAUCGCCGAGAUCAACCGUAUGAUCGCCCGUCUGCAGAACGAGAUCGACGCCGUCAAGGGACAGCGUGCCAACCUUGAGGCACAGAUCGCGGAGGCUGAGGAGCGUGGGGAGCUGGCAGUGAGAGACGCCCGCGCCCGCAUCAAGGACCUGGAGGAUGCCCUCCAGCGCGCCAAGCAGGACAUGGCACGGCAGGUGCGCGAGUACCAGGAGCUCAUGAACGUCAAGCUGGCGCUGGACAUUGAGAUCGCCACCUACAGGAAGCUGCUGGAAGGAGAGGAGAGCAGGCUGACAUCAGGUGGCUCCAACGCUGUCGUCCAUGUCCAACAGAGCAGUGGUGGAACUCUCUCCAGCGCUGGCGGCUUUGGCUAUGGCGGUGGAUAUGGUAUGGGCGGCGGCAUGGGCGGCGGCAUGGGCGGCGGCAUGAGCAGCGGUGGUUCCACCAUCACCAAAUCCGUGGUGUCCAGCAGCAGCAGUUCACGGCGCUACUGAAGAGGAGCCACCCCCCCUCGCUAACCCUCCUCCGACUCCGCACUCCUGACCUUUAAACCUUUUAUUGCCGGCCAUUAACCUUUCUGCACACAUUGAAGUUCCAUGCGUAACCUUGACCCCGAUGUGACCAGUUUACAGUGACACGACAAAAUAACAACAAGUGAGCCAGUGGGCAUCAGAAGAGGGGAGGGGCUAUUGUCUAACCCCACCCCCAUGGCCCACAAGAGGUGUGGCCAUGUCUGGUGCUCCCAUUCUCAGGGUACUAACUGUUGCUAAGUUACGUGGUGAAAUGGGUCCAUUUGUUUGUGCCCAUGAUAACUGAACAUGGCACACAUGGCAUGCUGUUCUCUGUUAAAGUUGAAAACUAGAUGAAUGUCAUAGGACUCAGAAGCCGCAACAGGAAGUUGGGUCAAUAACAGCCCAUAAUAAUAAUCACCAGCUCCAUCCCCGUCCUUCUGUCUCACUGGCACUGUUGGCUCUCCUGUCACAACAUCUAAACACAAGCGUUGUUGUAACCAGGUUUAUUCUUGACCAGACCAUCAGCAAAACACAAAUAAAUCUGAGAUCUAAAGACA